CGAUUUUAGGCUGGAGGGAAAGGAUUUCACGUAUAUCAGUGUCUGGUCCUGAUCCUGGUCCCAAGGUUCCAAGUGCUGUGUACUGAAGGGUUGCCGACUGACGUUAAUAGGUCGACUCUAGGCCCAUACAUCCGGUAGGCUAUAGAGCAAUAACAUUCAAGAUGGCUAAGCAUUAUGAGAAGGCAAUCGAGGCGUUUGAAAAGGCGGCUACAGGACAAGAACGGAUGGGAGCCCCAUUCACUGCAGCCAAGCAUAUGGAAAGUGCAGGAAUGAUGGCAAAAGAAGCACGACGAUGGGAAGUUGCCACUGCGUCCUACAAGCGAGCAUGUGAACUGUACCUUGAGGCGGGGCGUCCUCAGCCUGGCGCUGACGCUCUCUUUAAAGGUGCCAGGGCAAUCGAAGACCAUUUACCCGAUGAGGCACUGCGCAUGUACACGGAGGCAAUCUCCAUCUCGGAGGAGGAAGGCCGGGAACAGAGUGCUGGUGACGUCUUUCGUGCAGCAGUGACUUUGUAUCUGAAGUUGGAAAGGUUUACUGAUGCUGCAACCAUGCUUCUUAGGCAAGGCUUAGCAUUUGACAAGUCGAAGGUGAAACAGAGCCAAUGCAAGGCAUAUGUGAGUGCUGUCAUUGUCUACCUGUAUGCACAUGACCUGAAGCAGGCAGAUAAAUGCUACAACGAUUGCAGCGAGGUGGAGGCAUUUGACAACAGCGAACAGGGGGAGUUCACACGGAAGAUUCUGCAAGCGUACAGAGAUGGUGAUGCUGAGGAGGUGAAGUACAUUAUCAGCAAGAGCAAACAUGUCGUUGAGCAGCUUGACCACAUGAUCAUCCGAUUGGCAAACAAGCUCCCAACUGGUGACAUCAACGCAAAUACUGGCACAUCCUUGGCAGGCGCGCAGGAUGAGUUUGACCCUGAUGACCUGACCUGACUUCUCUUCCUAGUGAAGCUGAGUCUGAGUUUUCUUCCAUCGCAUCGCAAUCAGGUAGCCAUCAGUUCUAGUCCGAUGACCACAUGGAAGUGCAGAUAUAUCAGACAAUGGCAUCUGUUUCCUUUUGCAGCUUCACAGAUCUGCCGAGGUGCGUGUCUGCAUACGUGUCCUUCCCCCUCGGACCCCCUGUGCUGCCCCGUUUGUAAGGAGGUCGGGAUUACCUGCAACUUUACCCCAUCUCAGGUGCCCGUUGUGCGCAACAGGCAACUUCCUUCUUGCCCCAAACAUAAACACGUGGUGUAAACGAAUACAAUGCAUAGGGUGCGUUUUAUUCGAACUGCCCUAAAUUUCAAAUACGAUGCGUAUGCGGUCGAUUCGAUUUUUUUUUCAAGUUUUGAAACUCGAAUACAACGGAUAUGCGUUACGUCCGGGGGAAGAAGGUAGUGUUGCGCAUGUAUGUGUGGAGUGAAGCAAGUGGACACCUGUGAAGGAGAAGAGGAGAGACUGCACAGCAAUGGUAACGAAUGACAUGAAAGCAGGGGGAAAUUCCCAUUUGUGGCAGAAGUCAGUCAGCAGUGCGCUGGCCUCUUCARUAGUCCAGUGUGACCAGGUACGUGCAGAAGGUGUUUUGACCAGAGUCCCGCUUUGGAUGGGAGACCUAUGUUUCAAAAGCCUGACUGUUGCAAUCACGCUAGCUUUGUGUACAUAAUUGGUAGACGGCGAGAAGCUUGUAGAAAACGGAGGAAAGUGGAAUUCGGGAACCCAGCUCUUUGCAUUUAUUGCUUUAUGGCUAGCACACAGACAUGGGACAUUGUUUAGAAAUUUUGAAUGCCCUUGCAAGGUACGAGUGGGAAGCAGGCCUAGCUCAGUUGGUACACCCCUGAAGGUCCUGAACUGUUGAAAUACAGACCAGGUGGUGCGGAGGAAUUCGAACUCCACUCCACUAGAAGCUGAUGAGUAAAAUAUUACAAUUCAGAAGCAGCGCAGCGCCCAUUUGUUUUCGUUUUGGUCACCAGCUUUUAAAUCAAGCUGCGAACCGACCACUAUCUUUCCCUGCGCUUUGUUUUGAGCGUUGGUUGUAGAAAAAAAACAUCCGGCAUUCUAUCGAAACUUUGAAAGUAAUUGUGGAGUCCAUUUUCAUGUGGUUUCUCCCCUUAGCAUAGCUCGGUAGCCUUCGGGUAUCAGACUUACCCUCUCACUGAUUACUUGCAAACUUGUGCCUCGUCACCUUUCUGCCACCAAUAUCUCAUGGUUUCUCCCCUUAGCAUAGCUUGGUAGCCUACGGGUAUCAGACUUACCCUAUCACUGAUAACUUGCAAACUUGUGUCUCGUCACCUUUCUGCCACCAAUAUCUCGGUGUCAACCAAGUUGUAGCAGAAGGGAAAUUAGCUGAGAGAUGGAAUGAAGUUCAGCGCAUACUUCCACCCUUUUCCGUACAGUACCAAAGGUUCAGUCUGAGUAUUACAGAUGAGGGGUAUCCAUGCUUAUUAAAUAUAGCAACAGGUCUUUAAAAGCUGAGAUAGGAUAUGUGAUGGAAGGUCAAAUAUGUGUGUCAGUCUGAGCGGGUGGACCGUGGUGUGUGUGUGUGUGUGUGUGUGUGUGUGUGUGUGUGUGUAACCCGCAUAAUAAGACAUGAUUACGGUAUGAUACGGAAACCACAUCAUAAUCAAGCUCCAAAAUAAUAUAUCGGUGCACCUUGAGAAUGAAAACUUGUAGGCGUG